CCAUUUUGUUUGUGCUGAGCGAGUGAAGGAGGCAGGAGCGACCGAAAAAAAGACACUCGCGCGACGACCACUGCGACUCUGAGCGCCGCCGGCUCCGUCCUCGCGGAUCCAAACCGGAUAAAACACAACCCGCGCGAUUAGCGGAGGGAGAUGAUAGAUUCUCCCGUGUGGAAAUCAAAGAGCAGACUGGCUUUUCCUUUCGUUUACUGAUCUUUUUUUUAAACGAAGCGAAGAGGCGGAAGAGAGCAAUACAUUUAAACGAAGGGAAGCUCGUCAGGGGAAAAGGAAAAUACCAGCGUCACGAAGUGGGAAUAACUGUUCAAUUGCAUCGCCGGUUGCUGGCGGACGACAGCGAAAGUGGGGAAAAUUGCAGGAACUGUGCAAGAGAAGGGAGAAAUUUAAAAGGGAUGAACGCGCAGGGGGGUUCACGGCAUCACAAAGCCUAUGAAGGGGGUUUGAGGACCCCCAGAUUUUGGGGGGUGCAGCUGGCAAUAUCACCCGGAUCGGCAGAUGCUUCAGCGCCGAAAUAUUACUGAAGCCCACGUCGUUUCGGUUCAUUCGGUUUUCGACCCACUGCUGUUCCUCUCGCGCUUGCUUAAUGCUCCGCAAGGCUCUUCGUGCAGUGACAAAUGAUUCUUAUUUGCUUGAUGUGAAAUAGACGCAUAUUCAUUGACCAACUUCACUUGAUUCCCAUUCUUUAGCCCGUGCACAGCGGACUGCGAGACAGCAUCUUGCACUUCAGACGAACUACCGAUUGCGUAGAUGUCCUGUCCAUUACACAGACGCUUUUGAAAUCAUUUCUUUGCAUGCACGAGCUGUGCGCAGUGCAGGGUGGUCUCGUGAAGCAAUGGUCAGAGGUUUUCUGCAAACACUUUGAACUCGUGCACUGGACACAUUCACACAGAGGGCGCACGAGCCGUAUUCAGAUGUGAACGCACAAUAAACCGUUCAACUUGUCACUUUGAAGUAUUGUUGCAAAAUAGUAAGACACGGACGCUGAAAUAUGCAAGUUGUUUGGAAUCAUCUAAAGUGGUAGCUCGCGCAUGCAAACUGAAGUCAUUACAGUUCUUGGAUGCACAUUUAGCGUCUUGUUUAUUCUGCAAUUGAGGAUGAAAGGAAACUUUCACGUGCAUAUGGUUGUUUAAUUCUAUUCCCAUUUCCAAGUAUUUAUUUGUUCUCUCCAUCCAUCUUAAUGACUUGGGAGGAAAUAAAGACAUCGAUGAAGGAGGUGCAAACAUCUGUGUCGAUCUGAAGGAGCACGAUGGACUUUUAGUCUUCGAAAUAAAGUGAUGCAGGCUGAGAAUCGCACAUGCUAAUAAUGCGAAGAGACAUAAUUCUGAAUCUUAGUGUUUGCUCAUAAACAUUGCAUGAAGCCGCACCGGAGCGAGUUCGGUUUCUCGUACACAACGCCUUAAAAAAAACACCAACACUUCAGCUCGCCGCCGACAAUGGCGGAAAAGACGGAUGCAAGCAGCGAGGAUAAAUCUCGGGAAAAUUGCUCAGUCGCCGAGGAGGCUACGUGAGUUUGCGGCGAGCUUGCAUGACCGUCUGUCCCUCCCUUCACCUCCUACAUUCGGAAAUAUACUUUGAGGAACUAAAGACUAGAAAAUCUUAAAAGGGAGCAUUAAAGGUGGACUGAACAUUGAAGCAUUGCAUUGCAUGCAUGAAAGGGAAACGGGAAUCCGUCCGGAGCUCGUGAACGAGGAGAGAUUUCAUUUGCACAUCGGCUCGCGACUGCACAGGAAGGGCUAUCCUACGCGGGAUAUAUGCUUUAACACUAAACCGGAGGAAAACUAUGGCCGAUAAUGUGCUGGAAUCCGGUCCGCCUUCAGCUAAGAGGCCUAAAUUGUCUUCCCCGGCUCUGUCGGUCUCCGCGAGCGAUGGAAACGAUUUUGGCUCUCUGUUUGACCUGGAGCAUGACCUCCCAGACGAGCUCAUUAACUCCUCCGACCUGGGCCUUCCUAAUGGGAUGGACCCCAGCCAGUUACACACCAGUCUGGGUGGAGGAGGGAUGUCGGGCUCUCUGGGCGGCUCGGGCCAGGACACAGCAGCCAAACACAAGCACCUGUCUGAGCUCCUCCGCCCUGGCGGCCCUCCAUCCACCUCCAUGGCCGCCGGCAACCCCGGUAAUGUGCCCUCCUUGGGGAUGAUGGGAGGUCUGAGUGGCACCCCGGUUACUCAGGGACUGGGUGGCCCUCAACAGCAGCAGCCUGGCAUGAUGCCGCAGCCUGGCAUGGUGGCGGGACUGAACCGGGGCAUGAUGGGCGCCCAGAAAGGGAACGGACAGCCGCAGAGCAUGAUGGGAGGGCAGAUGAUGAAUGGUGCGCCUAGAAUGGGCUACGCCAAUGUGAACAUGAAUGCGGGCAUGGUUGGUAACGGGAACAUGCUGCCCGAUGCUCUGCAGCAGCAGAACACAGGGCAGCAGACGGCACAGGCAGCAAUGAGACCGCAGCAACCAGGAGCAGUGAACAAGAUGGGAAUGAUGGGUGCUCCAGGACCCUACGGCGGUUCAUAUGGUCAGUGCGGAGGACAGUCCCUUGGGCCUCAGCUCCAAAACAAAGCGGGUCAACCCAACAGCAUUAACCAGUUCAACAUAGACAAGAAACCUCAGCAUGGGCAGAACAUGGUCGGCAUGCAGAGCUCAGGUGUGGUGGGUGGCGUAUCGGGCCCAGGCGGGGCGGCGGCACCCCCUGCAGCGGACCCAGAGAAGCGUAAACUCAUUCAGCAGCAGCUAGUGCUGUUACUUCAUGCUCAUAAGUGCCAUCGCAGAGAGCAGGCCAACGGAGAGGUCCGCCAGUGCAGCCUGCCCCACUGCAGAACCAUGAAGAACGUCCUUAAUCACAUGACACACUGUCAGGCCGGCAAAUCCUGCCAGGUGGCUCACUGCGCAUCCUCCAGGCAGAUCAUCUCUCACUGGAAGAACUGCACACGGCAUGACUGUCCCGUCUGCCUGCCGCUUAAAAGCGCCGGAGACAAAAGAAACCAGCAUGUGCAGGCUAUCUUCCCCACUCCAGACCCUGCAGCACUGAAGGAUCGGCGGAUGGAAAACCUUGUAGCUUACGCUCGCAAAGUGGAGGGCGACAUGUACGAAUCCGCCAACAGCAGGGCAGAGUAUUACCACUUUUUGGCGGAGAAGAUUUAUAAGAUUCAGAAGGAGCUGGAGGAGAAGAGGAGAACCAGACUACAGAAGCAGGGUAUGAUGCCAGCUCAGCCUCGCAUGCCCAACUGUGCUCUACCUCAAGCACCAGCUGGCAUGAAUCAGGCACAGCCGCCUAAUGGUCCCCAUUUAGAUCCGUCCUUAGUUCAAGCUGCUGGACCCAAUCAGAUGGUCAACCGCAUGCAGAAUCCUGCUGGUAUGAAUCAGUUUGCCCAGGUGGGGAUGCAACAGCCAAUGGGACAAAGGGCAACGCCACCCCUGCCUAUGGGAGCAAACCUCAAUCAGAUGGGUAUGCAGGGAUCACCUCGAAUGACUCAACCCAACGUACCCCAAUUACAAAACCAGUACAUGCAGAACCAGUUUCCAGGCACGGGUGCCGGACUGGGCCAGGGAGCGGUCGGCCUGAACCAACCUGCGGGGCAGGGAGCCAUGCCACAGAAUCAGAUGCACACUCCACCAUCGCUGGCAGUCAGUAGUCCAGUAGCUCAAACCCAGGCAGGAGUCUCUGGCCCCGGAGUCACUGUCGGCCCUCAGGGGCCUCCGUCCAACCUCGCCCCACCUGCUCCGCAGCCCGGAUUGCACACGCACUGUCCUCCCUUACGCCAAAACUCCCCUUCUCCUGCACGCAGCCUCACUCCUACCCCUGCCCCACACCAAACGCCCCCGCAGUUGCCGGGUAACCAGACUCCCCAGCCCCACACCCCCACUUCUUCGACCACUAUGGCCCCACCCGCAACACAGCAGCCCCCGAUGGCACAGGGGGUGGGCUCAGAAAAAGCCAGUCCGCUACAGCAGCAGUCGCAUGGGGGCGGAGCCGCUGGAGGCCCCCAAACAGGGCUAGCGUCAUCUGUGCCUUCCCAGAAUGCACACGGGCUUUGUGCACACCCACACACUCCUCUCUCUCAGAAGUCGUCUCUGACGGCUGACGGUCAGGCCUCAACUCCUGCCUCGGACAGCAGUGCUGACCCUAGCUCACAGCAAACAUCAUCCGAGCCCACCGCCCCACUCGACCCCAAAAUUGAGGUCAAACAGCAGGAAGAAGAGGAUGAGAAUGAGACGGAGGAUAAGGCCUCAGGGAAAAUGGCCGCCAUGCAGACUGAGAUUAGGACUGAGAAGGAGGAGCCUGCAGACGAUGAAUGUAAGACAGAGCCAAUGGAAACAUCGAUUGGGUCGACAGCCGAGGACAAGAAGCCGGAAGUCAAAACUGAACCCAAAGAGGAAGAGGCUGCAGGAACCAACAGCACUCCCACAAACACACAAAGCAAGAAGAAAGUAUUUAAACCUGACGAGCUCCGCCAGGCUUUAAUGCCCACUCUGGAAGCUCUGUACAGACAGGACCCAGAGUCGCUGCCCUUCCGGCAGCCAGUGGACCCCCAGUUACUGGGAAUACCCGACUACUUUGACAUAGUGAAAAACCCGAUGGACUUGUCCACUAUCAAGCGUAAGCUGGACACUGGUCAGUACCAGGAGCCCUGGCAGUACGUGGACGACGUGUGGCUGAUGUUCAAUAACGCCUGGCUGUAUAACAGGAAGACGUCACGGGUGUAUAAAUACUGCUCCAAACUGGCUGAGGUUUUUGAACAGGAAAUAGACCCCGUUAUGCAGGAGUUGGGGUACUGCUGUGGAAGGAAGUUGGAGUUUUCUCCUCAAACUCUGUGCUGCUAUGGCAAACAGCUGUGUACCAUCCCUCGAGACGCUGCAUACUUCAGUUACCAGAACAGGUACCACUUCUGUGAGAAGUGUUUCAAUGAAAUCCAGGGGGAGAAUGUAUCCCUGGGGGACGAUCCAACCCAGACUCAAACGUCCAUCAAUAAAGAUCAGUUUCAAAGGAAAAAGAAUGACACCCUCGACCCUGAGCUACUGUUGGAAUGUGCCGACUGUGGUCGAAAAAUGCAUCAGAUAUGCGCUCUGCACAAUGAGACGAUAUGGCCGUCGGGGUUUGUUUGUGACGGCUGUCUGAAAAAAGCCAAUGCAACAAGGAAGGAGAAUAAAUACACUGCAAGGAGACUUCCUCAGACAAAGCUUGGGAGCUUCCUGGAGACACGAGUGAACGAGUACCUGAAGCGCCAGAAUCUUCCAGAAUCCGGUGAUGUCACCGUUCGUGUGGUUCACGUCUCUGAUAAAGUGGUGGAAGUCAAACCUGGCAUGAAGUCCAGGUUUGUUGAUAGCGGUGAAAUGUCAGAGUCAUUCCCGUACAGGACGAAAGCUCUGUUUGCGUUUCAAGAUAUUGAUGGGACAGAUGUCUGCUUCUUUGGAAUGCAUGUGCAAGAAUACGGCUCCGACUGCCCUCCUCCCAAUCAAAGACGUGUGUACAUCUCCUACCUUGACAGUGUGCACUUUUUCCAACCCCGUCACCUGAGAACUGGAGUCUAUCAUGAGAUCCUAAUUGGAUACUUGGAGUAUGUUAAAAAAAUGGGGUUUGUCAUUGGCCACAUCUGGGCUUGUCCACCGAGCGAAGGUGACGACUAUAUCUUCCACUGCCACCCAUCGGAUCAGAAGAUUCCCAAACCUAAACGCUUACAAGAAUGGUACAAGAAGAUGCUUGACAAAGCGGUAGCUGAAAGAAUUGUGCACGACUACAAGGACAUUUUUAAGCAGGCAACAGAGGAUCGUCUGACCAGUGCGAAGGAGCUCCCAUAUUUUGAGGGUGAUUUUUGGCCUAAUGUGUUGGAAGAGAGCAUUAAAGAGCUGGAACAGGAGGAGGAAGAACGGAAGCGAGAGGAAAACAACACCUCUAGUGAAAGCAUUGACGCUACCAGUGGUGACAGCAAGAAUGCCAAAAAAAAGAACAGCAAGAAGACUAGCAAGAACAAGAGCAGCUUGAGCCGAGCCAAUAAAAAGAAACCGGGCAUGCCAAAUGUCUCCAAUGAUCUAUCCCAGAAACUCUAUGCUUCGAUGGAGAAACACAAAGAGGUUUUCUUUGUUAUCCGUCUCAUCGCUGGCCCUUCUGCCAAUUCCCUUCCACCCAUUUUGGACCCUGACCCCCUGAUGGCCUGCGAUCUGAUGGACGGACGAGAUGCUUUCCUAACGCUUGCACGAGACAAGCACCUUGAAUUCAGCUCGCUGAGGCGUGCCAAAUGGAGCUCCAUGUGUAUGCUAGUAGAACUGCACAACCAGAGCCAGGACCGCUUUGUCUACACGUGCAAUGAAUGCAAGCACCACGUUGAGACACGCUUCCACUGCACUGUUUGUGAGGAUUAUGAUCUUUGCAUCACUUGCUACAACACUAAGGGCCAUGAGCACAAGAUGGAGAAACUUGGACUGGGUCUUGAUGACGAGAGCAACAACCAGUCUGCAGGCUCCACUCAGAACCCUGGUGACUCGCGUCGUCUCAGCAUCCAACGCUGCAUCCAGUCUCUGGUGCAUGCAUGCCAGUGCCGCAAUGCUAAUUGCUCUUUGCCGUCUUGCCAAAAGAUGAAGAGAGUAGUGCAACAUACAAAGGGCUGCAAACGCAAGACAAAUGGUGGCUGUCCCAUCUGCAAGCAACUCAUUGCGCUAUGUUGCUAUCAUGCCAAGCACUGUCAGGAAAACAAGUGUCCUGUGCCCUUCUGUCUCAACAUCAAGCACAAGCUUCGUCAGCAGCAGCUGCAACACAGGCUUCAACAAGCGCAAAUGCUGCGUAGACGUAUGGCCACCAUGCAGCGAGCAGGGCAGCCACCACCAUGUGGAGGUGGGCCUCCUGGAGGUCUUCCAUCACCCGGCAACAAUGGGGCCACAGGUCCUAGCACACCUACGUCAGUCGGUACGCAACCUGCAACGCCUCAGACACCCACACAGCUGACACCCAACCUUGCGUCUUUGCCCCAGCCUGGUGUGGGUGGAGUCCCAGCUGGAGCUCCCCAGCAGCCGCCUCAGCAUCCCGUCCACCACCAGUUUCAGCAGAUGCCAGGUGCAGGUGGGAUGAUGACCUCACCGCAGCAACAAAUGGUUCCUCCGCAACCUGUGGGACAACUCCCACAUCCACACAAUCAGUAUGGUCCCCAUUCCACAGGUCCCUCCCCAAAUCCACAGUCACAGGGUAAGCCAAGCCUUGGUCCUGCAACUCCUCCGCAACUCCCUAACAACCCAGGCACAGCACCUAUGUCCCAGCAACAGCAAUCUUCAGGUCCUCCGCCUGCAGCUGUGGAGAUAGCCAUGAAGAUCCAGCAAGUGGCUGAUGCACAGCGAAAGAUGGCACAGGUUCAAAUGCUACACAGGCAGGCUGCGCAAGCUGGCAUGAUGCCGCAGCACCAUCAGCAGCCACAGGGACAGAUGGGAGUAGCUCACCCUGGGAUUGGCAUGGUAGGGCCACCAGGAAUACCCUCGCAGGCACAAACAUCAGCGAACAGAGUGCAGAUGGAACAGCAGCAAGGACCUCAGGGAAUGAUGGUGGGAGCUGGGCCCAUGCAGCAGCAGCCCCAACAGGCAGGUGUUCAAGGCCAGAUGCCACCACAAAUGCAUCUACAGCAGCCGAGAAUGAACCCAUCACUUCAGCCUCAGCAGCAACAGUGGCCAGGGCAGGGUAUGCCAACCCAGCAGAGACCUGCCAUGAUGGCUCAACCGGGAAUGGUUGCAAUGCAGCCCCCUCCGCAGCAGCUGCAGCAGCAGCAACAAAUGCAACAACAGCAAGCACCCCAAAUACCGAAUCGAAAUGCCUUGAUGAGUAUGGUGCAGGCUGGUCUGCAGAGUGGCGUAGUAAGUGGGGCAGCAGCUGGCAAUCUGCCUCAGGGAGCCCUGCAGGAUCUUUUGCGGACCCUGCGAUCUCCAAGCUCUCCUCCACAGCAGCAGCAAGUCCUCAACAUUCUUCGGUCUAACCCACAACUAAUGGCAGCAUUUAUUAAGCAGCGGGUUCACAAGUAUAAAGGUGGCCCCGCUGUACCACAGGGUGGGCCAGGACCAAUGGGAGGCCAGCCAGUGAGUGUCAAUACUGGGGUGCCCCAGCCUCGCAUGCACCUUGGACAGGGUGUUAACAUGCAGACUCAAAUUUCUCAGCUCCAAAAGCAGCAGCAAAUGCAACAGCGACCGCUACUGCAGCAGCAGCAGCAAGUAGCUGCCUUGCAGCAGCAGCAGCAGCAGCAAGUAGCUGCCUUGCAGCAGCAGCAAGUAGCUGCCUUGCAGCAGCAACAACAACAACAGCAGCAACAGCAAGGAAUUCAGGGUCAGGGGGCUCCAAACAUGGCCAACAUGAAUCCACAGUUCAGAGAUCUGGUCAGAGAACAAACCACAAAACUGCUCUUGGAUUUGGGUUUGUUUGGUUAA